UCUCUGCCUGGGGGGGGGGGGAUCCACCAAUCCCGACACGUGAUCCCGUUUGCCCCUCCCAUUUAACCGCAGAUGCCGCGCGUCUGUUCCCGGGCCCCGCCUCCCGAUGAUGUAACAAUCUCUCCGCGCAUGUUCACAGUCUCCGGGUGGACGGUGUUAUCCUCUCCGCUCAGAGCUGAAGUUGGUCGGCUGUGUGAUCGGGAAAGAUUUUCGUCUCUUCCGUCGGGAUCACUGUCUGGAGUCCGAAGAUAUCACUUUCCCAUCGUUAGACCUGCAGUGAGAGAUUUAUUGGAAGAAAACCCAGGACUGAAGACGAGGGAACAGCAACAAGUGAACCAGCCCGAGGACUGAGAGCAUCAACUGGAGAGAACCCAUCUGACUCGGAGAUUCCAGUGAUUCAGUCAGGAGAAAGUUUGGUUAAAAACAAGAAGGAAUUUGUCUCCAGGAAGUUCAAACAUGGCGCAACAGUUUUGUUGUUUCUGUCCAGAUAUUUAAGAAGUGGAAUGAGGGAUUCAAUCGACCAUCCUUCCUGCUCAGACUGUGGGGAGGGAUUCACUCGGUCAUUUUACCAACUGGCAACCCAUCAUUUUACACAGGAGAAAGUCUGUUCACCUGCUCAAACAGUGGGAAUGGAUUCACUCAGUUAUCACAAUUGAAUGUACAUCAGCACGUUCACACUGGGCAAGGCCAUUCACCUGUUCUGUGUGUGAGAAAGGAUUCAGUCAGCCCACCUGUGGACACACCAGUCAGUUCACACCACACUGGGCAGAGGCUGGUGAUCUGCUGAAUAUCUGGGAAAGGAUUCACUCAGUCAUCUGACCUAAUGGCACACCAGCGUGUUCACACUGGGGAGAGGCUGUUCACCUGCUCAGAGUGUGGAAAGGGAUUCACUCGGUCAUCCACCUUACUGGUACAUCAGCGAGUUCACACUGGGGAGAAGCCGUACACCUGCUCAGUCUGUGGGAAGAGAUUCACUGAGUCAUCCACCUUACAGAGUCAUCAGCGAGUUCAUACUGGGGAGAAGCCGUUCACCUGCUCAGAAUGUGGGAAGGGAUUCAGACAGGUAUCCCAUCUACUGAGUCAUCAGCGAGUUCACACUGGGGAGAAGCCAUUCACCUGCUCAGAAUGUGGGAAGAGAUUCGCUCACUCAUCCAACCUACUUAGUCAUCAGCGAGUUCACACUGGAGAGAGGCCAUUCACCUGCUCAGAGUGUGGGAAGGGAUUCACUCGGUCAUCUCAACUACUAACACACCAGCAAGUUCACACUGGGGAGUGGCCUUUCACCUGCUCAGAAUGUGGGAAAGGAUUCACUGAGUCAUACACCUUACUGGUACAUCAGCGAGUUCACACUGGGGAGAAGCCGUUCACCUGCUCAGAAUGUGGGAAGAGAUUCACUCAGUCAUCCAAUCUACAGAGACAUCAUCGAGUUCAUAUUGGGAAGAAGCCGUUCACCUGCUCAGAAUGUGGGAAGAGAUUCGCUCACUCAUCCAACCUACAGAGUCAUCAGCGAGUUCACACUGGGGAGAAGCCAUUCACCUGCUCGGUCUGUGGGAAAGGAUUCACUCAGUCAUCCCAAAUACUGGAACACAAGUCUGUUCAUAGUGGGGAGUGGCCAUUGUUAUGAAUCCCUAGGUUUCAGUUGAUA